UUUGUCAGUUGUUACCUUCCUUUCCUUUCAGUUUCCACGAAGCGAAAAUCGUCCGAACAAACCCAUUACCCAUUUCCCAUUACCCAAAAAUCCAUCAAAUUGGUGCCACCUGUUCGUUCCUCUAGAGACCCACGUCACUCGGAAGUUUCAUUUGUCCAAUUUCUCAAAAAAUUUCCUUCUGAUUUCCAYGGUAGACAAGAAUCCAAACGCAACCCAGUUUGUGUUUUACAAUCCUCGACGAAAAUUCAAUUGUAUCCGUGUUAUCGCCCCUUUGUUCUAAUUUUCAAUUUGGGAAUUUACUUUUAUAUAUGUUGGAAUCAGGACAUGCUGAGAAUGUCUCAGAUGUUGGUUGCAGUGGUGUUAAUGACGACGAAGAUGAUGAGGACGACGAGACUGGUAAAACUAUGGCGGCGGCCCAAAUCGGGCAUGAUUGUGAUGAUGAUGAUGGAAAAAAGCACAAGGGUAAAAGGGGUUUUGGAAAGGCGAAGCAGGUGAUUUCAUAUCCAUUUCGAAAGGCGAAGAAACAAAUUCUUCGGCGGAAAAUUAAGAGAGCUUCUUCUUCUUCUUUUACUGCUACUAGUAGAACACUUUCUUCGGAUAAGAGGGUUGUUGAUGGAAGUGUAAAUCAAGGCUGUGGUUUCUGUUUCAAAGAACUAAUUUCAGAUUCUAAGAAUGGGUCUCAAACGACAGACCCAAAUAACCGGAAGUUCACUGAUGAAAUGUUGAAACUGCUAAUUGAGAAGAAUGAUUUCUACUCCAAAGAGUGCAAUCCUCAUUUAGACUCAAAAGUGGACACUAGACAGAAGAAACAUUAAUUCAAUUGGGUUUUGUUAGUUGAGGUAUGUAGCAAACGUUGUCCAUGGUUUUGAAAGGUUUGAUCAACUUUUUUUAUUUUUCCUUCUCUUCUUGCUAAGCAAAUGAGAGAAAUUUAGUGUUUCGUGAGUGACACUGAGGCAUUCUGUUUGGUCUAUUUUACAGUAGUGUAUUGAUAAAUGUUCAUAGUUGGAAUAUGUACACCAAAUUACUUUUACCAAGAGUCUGUUAACACUCUACAUUAUUGGAAUUCUAAAAUCCAGUAUGCGUUCUACAGUUAUUUCGAGUUU